CACAUCACGACUUUUUCCACGACACCUGGAGGACCGGAACGGAGACACACGGUGAUCGAUUUAGUGGCAGAGUCGAAGAAAAAGGAGCAGAAAAGAGACGGCCAACAGUGUGCGGCGGAUUAAAGCUCGGCGUCUUUAAGAGAACCUGACAGAGAGGUCAGGAGUUAUGACGGCGAUUGCUGGAGGUUUACCCAGAAUGAUGAGACCCACUCCACACCAGAACUACCCCAGAGGAGGAUACUCUUUGGAAGUGUCCACUCCGUUGGGACAAGGCCGUGUCAACCAGCUCGGUGGAGUCUUCAUCAACGGAAGACCUCUGCCGAAUCAUAUCCGACAUAAGAUCGUGGAGAUGGCUCACCACGGCGUGCGCCCCUGCGUCAUCUCCCGGCAGCUGCGCGUCUCCCACGGGUGCGUCUCCAAAAUCCUGUGCCGGUACCAGGAGACCGGGUCCAUCAGGCCCGGAGCCAUCGGAGGCAGCAAACCAAAGCAAAACGCGUCUCCAGAAUUGGACAAGAAAAUAGAGGAAUACAAGCGCGAACACCCGGGAAUGUUCAGCUGGGAGAUCCGAGACAAGUUACUGAAAGAUGGAGUGUGCGACAGGAACAACGUCCCGUCAGUGAGCGCCAUCAGUCGCAUUUUGCGAUUCAAGUUCGGAGGAGUUGGAGAGGAUGAAGAGGACGACGAUGAAGUGGUGAAAAGGGAGAUGGAGGAAAACGAAUCCCGGACAAAACACAGCAUCGAUGGGAUUCUAGGAGACAGAUCAAGUCACUCAGACGAAGGGUCGGAUGUCGACUCAGAACCCGGCCUGCCGUUGAAGAGGAAGCAGCGACGUAGCCGGACCACAUUCACCGCCGAGCAACUGGAGGAGCUGGAGCGAGCCUUCGAGCGCACGCACUACCCUGACAUCUACACACGAGAGGAGCUGGCUCAGAGGGCCAAACUAACAGAGGCUCGAGUGCAGGUUUGGUUUAGCAAUAGGAGAGCUCGAUGGAGAAAGCAAGCAGGAGCCAACCAGCUCAUGGCUUUCAACCACCUCAUUCCUGGUGGUUUCCCUCCAUCUACAAUGUCGAGCCUUCAGCCGUAUCAGCUGCCCGACAGCCCCUAUCCUGCUACGUCCAUAGCUCAAGCGUCUGAGCCAGGAACAGUCCAUCGACCACAGCCUUUGCCUCCCACCUCCGUCCACCAGACUGGACUGAGUUCGCCACCGGGUUCCCAGGACGGAACUUCCGCAUACUGCUUGUCUUCGGGACGUCACAGCUUCUCUGGAUAUUCAGACAGCUUUGUCGCUGCGACUGGACACACCAACACUGUCAACCCUGCUAUCAGCAACAGCCUCUCACCACAGGUGAUGGGCCUCUUGAACCCCGGCGGUGUUCCACAUCAGCCCCAAACUGACUUUGCCUUGUCCCCACUGACCGGAGGGUUGGAACCGAAUGCCAGCAUGGCCACCAGCUGUCAUGGCUCUCAGCGACUGGAGGCUUUACCCGGCCUGACCAGUAUGCCUGCUCUUCCCAGCAGCCAGUCUUACUGCCCCCCAUCCUACACCUCCCCAGCCUAUGCCGUGGACCACCACCCCUCGUACCAGUACGGCCAAUACAGUCAGAGCAAGGUGCCUUUCAUUAUUUAAACUCCACAACGUGACAAACCCGACCACCAACAUCCUUAAGGAGACAGAGCAAGAAGAUGAUUGGUCGAGCAGGUCGAGGUGUUCCCCACACAACCUCCUGAUGGAAACAACUGUUCGGCGCCUCCCGUCUAUUUUGAGAAGAAAACAAAAUGGAUAUAUCCGUCUUCGACUUUGUAAGCUGAAUCAGACUUUUAAAGAAUUUUGUUUGGGUCCAGUCUGGAAGUGGACCACAUGAGGGUACAGCACGUCCUCAUGAAGAGUCUUAAAAUAAACUGUUCUACUUUACACCGAUUUGACUGGUAUUGACAUCGAUGAAAUUGAAAUAUCACAGAGAAAGAACCACAGUAGCCCAAAGAAGUGCAAUACAUUCAUACCUCAGUUGAUGUGAAGGAAACAAGGAUCUUCAACUUUCAUUUAUAUGUUUGGUUGUGUGCACUGACCAAUCAGGGGAAAUGGUGGACUUGUAUACGAGAUGUCAAUAAGCCAAAAAGGAAAAUAUUUUUUUUCUGUCUUCAAUUACUUUCCAUGAGAAAUGUCCCGAUGAUUCUUAUUUAUUUAGUUUUUUUUUUCUUUUUAUAUUGUGUUCUCUAAAGAGCUUCCACAUGUCUUAUUCAUUUGUGAUUCAUGUUUUCCUCUUGCUUUUCUACUAUCUUCACUCUUCAUAUAAUGAUUUUGUUGUAAAUG